AUGGGAAGGAAAAAGAUAGAAAUAAAACGAAUUGAUGAUGAGCGCAAUCGGCAAGUGACUUUUACAAAGCGCAAGCUGGGCCUAAUGAAGAAAGCCUACGAGCUAAGUGUUCUCUGUGACUGUGAAAUCGCUCUAAUCAUUUUCAACAGUGCCAAACGUCUUUUUCAAUACGCUAGCUCAGAUAUCAAUCGGGUGCUUCUCCGCUAUACCGAUUACACUGAACCUCAUGAAUCAAAGAACAACAGAGAUAUCAUAGAGGUGCGUUUUGAUUUUAAAUUCCUUAUCAUUGUAAUUGAGAUGGAGCGUUUUUUCAUAUCUUAUCAUGUGUGUUCCCCCCCCCCCCAACUUUUCGCAUAA